AAUUAGCCUUUUCUAUUUCACGUCUUUUAUGUUGUUAUAGUUUUUCAGUGACAAUUUUGUAAAGGUCAUCUGAUUUUAUGUAAUGAUAUACAUACAAUAUAAAACACCCGCGGUAUCCCAACUCAUGAAGCAUUCAUUAAAUUUUAUCUUAACCUUACAAAAACCUACCAAAAAACCCCACAAACAAACAACAAAAAUAAACAAAACAAAACAAAAACAAACAAACCCACACACAAAUUCUGACCUUACAGUGCAAACAUUGUAACACUAUUUGUCCAGUAUCAGUUGUCAUUUAGAUCCAUGUGGAGCGAACGGCCAUUCCGAUAUAGCACAAUUGUUAAACUGAAAGUACAUGUAAAUACCUUUCGGUGUAUGUGGGAGAUUAUGAAAAUAUCAGUAGGAGGACUUUUAAACGCCCAUAUUCGAUCGUUUGAUACCGACUGAGGGUCGUGUCCUUGGCGGUACUUCCCGUGUAGAGAAACCCCCUUAUUUCGAUAGAGAACUGUGUACAACCACCGACGUGUGCUCACUAAACCAUACAACAUUGCAUUUGACAAGCGGCCGUGUUACUGGGCUUCCUUAGAUGAAGGAUCUGAGCUGAUUUUCCAGUAAGUAUGUCGGGCAGGCAGAAGGAUUAUCACACUCUCAGAGAGGAGCUUAACAGGACCAAUUCUCUGUUUGUUGACGCGGAAUUUCCACCAGAAAACUCUUCCCUGACCUUCAAUAGGACCCUCCCGUCGGGACUGAGGAACGUCAUAUGGAAACGCCCGACUGAACUGUCCAGAAAUCCCAAAUUCAUUGUGCGGAAUGCCACGAGGUUUGACCUUGAUCAAGGAUAUUUAGGCAACUGCUGGUUCAUCGCUGGUGCAGCUCUCGUGGCCACAAAGAAGAAGUUACUGGAACGAGUGGUGCCUCAAGACCAAGAUUUUGACCGAAAUUAUGCAGGUGUUUUCCACUUUAACUUUUGGUGGUACGGGAAGUGGGUAGAAGUCAUUAUCGACGAUUAUCUGCCAACAGACGGCUACCGCCUGAUCUACGGAAAAAACAGGGAAGAACCAAACGAAUUCUGGGCAGCACUACUGGAAAAAGCCUACGCCAAACUAAGGGGUUGUUACGAAGCUACAGAUGGCGGGAAACUUCAGGAUAGUGUGGUCGAUCUCACGGGGGGGAUCUCAGAAACCAUCGACAUCAAGGAUAAGACUCAGAUCCCGGUGGAUAUUUAUGAAAUCCUUUGGCGGUCUUGGAAGAUGAACAGCUUCCUUGGUUGUAGUAUAUCGCUACCAGCAAAUGUGGUCGCCACAUCGCGGGAAGUACGGAGGCCAAACGGACUCUACAUGGGUCACGCAUACAGCAUCACUGCCCUGGCUGUGAUUCCAUACCAGGGGUCCAGCGUCCGUCUCUGUAGGCUUCGGAAUCCUUGGGGACGAAGCGAGUGGAACGGUGAUUGGUCAGACGAGUCUUACCAAAUACGAAAUUUGUCAUCAGAAGCUAAACAGAGACUGGGGAUUGUAAUACAGGACGAAGGGGAAUUCUGGAUUCCGAUUGACGAUGUGUUGGUCAAUUUCGAGGAGAUACAACUAGUUCAUCUUCAGCCGGACGCCACCACACAGGGAGUCGCGCUAGAGGAGAGAAAACGCCAGUGGAACGUGACUGUAUAUCAUGAUCAGUGGAUCAAGGGUGUCACGGCCGGAGGGUGCGGAAAUUCACCAUACCAAGAUCUAUACUGGAAGAACCCUCAGUUUUCGGUGACAUUACGAGACGUUGAUGACACGGACAACAAGCCCACGUGUACUGUUAUUAUCAGUCUGAUAGAGAAAGAACACAAUAACAAGUCGAACAUCGCCAUCGGAUUCGAUGUCUACAAGUUGAAGUACCCCCAGAAUCGGCCACUUGAUGGGGAGACGGCCCCCAGGAAUGCUCUUAUUCUGAAGAAAAGAUCAGGGGUCUACCAAUACAACCGGGAAGUCACCAGGCGGUUUGACCUGACCCCAGGGACAUACGUCAUCAUUCCAAGCUCAUUCAGGCCGCAUGAAGAGGCGGAAUUCAUGCUCAGGAUUUACACAGAGAAAAUUAUUAACAGCCUCGUGUUAGAUGAAAGCAACGGCGAAGUUAAGCCAGAGCCGAAGCCUCCACCGGUUAGGGACCCCUUUCGUGACCUAUUUCUAAAACACGCUGGCGAAGACGGGAAGCUGAAAGCAAAAGAGCUCAAGGAAUUUAUUUUAGACUUAUCAAGAACAGAAAUAAACGAGCCUUUAAAAUUCAGCACAGAGACCUGCAGAAGUCUGAUCACGAUGAUGGAUUCCUCAAGAACUGGCAGGAUUUCCAAAGCUGACACUUAUAAUGCUUGGAGAACAAUUCUGAGUGGGAAGUCCGUUUUCCAGCAGUUCGACGUUGACGGAUCGGGGACAGUGGACACAUAUGAACUAGACAAACUAUUCAGCACAUUAGGUUUCCCUGUCAAUAGAAUGGUGCAAACAGCUAUAGUGAGACGGUAUGCGGACCGAAACAGCAAGAUCCGCCUCACAGACUUCAUCAUCGUCAUCUGUAAGCUUACGCUUAUGUACCAAAUAUUCAAAGACCAGCAAAUUAAAUCUGGGAACCCUGAUUCUGCUUCAUUUUCGAUGAAUGAGUUCCUAUACUACACAAUGUACUGCUGAGACCCACACAAUAGCAUGGAUAGGACAGAGUAGCCAGCAUGUGUUCACAUCCCAUCUUGAUUCCCCGGAACUUCACUACUUCAUGUUAAAAUUAGUCCCACAUUUAACAAAGGCAGGACAAUGGCUGACAUCUUUUUGCAAUAUUUCAGCACCAUCUGAUAAGCCAUGGAUUUUGUUUUUGUUACAUAUAUUUUUAUACAUAUGCAUUUUGUUUUUAAUAAAAGAGUUUAAUUUGUA